ACAAUGACAAACGGACCCGACAUCAUUAGUCAUGUUUGGCCGGUGGUCAGAAGAAAGCACAGAGGGUGGAAGAAAAGCUGAUUCAUUGGGUGCGGACGUUGGUCUGCGGGCGUGUUUUUAUCGUCUCAGUUUGCAUCAUGCCCCAGUGAAAGUGAUACCGCACGACAUUUGGUGAAGCCAUCACCGGUUCAAGAUUAAGGGACAGGCAAAACCAGUACUUGUGAGUAUUCGUUGAUUCAUUGCUAAACCGAACGUUGUUUGCUCAGCAAGAAGCAAUGACUGAUAAAUGAUAACGUAAUUGCAUCAUCGGCAUAAAUGCUGAUAAGAUCUCGAGCUGCGGGAAGGAAAACGCAUCAAGUGGUACAUCGUUUGUGGUGUGAUAGAUUUUGGGGUAUAUUUGUGCCGGCGUAUCCAGGAAAAGGGCCUUUCCCUUAUCAGUGCGUGUGCAUGAAUAGUGUGUGUGUGUGUGCUGAUGAAAGGAACGCUAAAGAUAAGCUAUCGUGCAUAACCGGCUGCUGCUGCUGCUAAGAGCUGAUCAAACUAUCAAACAACAGCCGACGGAAGGUAUCGUGUUCCAAGAGCCAACUGCUUCCCUCUCUCUAAUAGACAGACGCAUGCGCAUGCGGCGUCAAACACGCCAGUAGAGAAAGAGCACCGUUUUUGCGCGACAAAACGGUACGCGACAAAGCCCUCCACACGCGAUCAGUACCCAUUCAGCGCACGGAGCGUAAAAGGGCCAGCACACAAACACUGUGAUAUACUUGUCGGCUCGCUCGAGGUAGAUUAACCGGUGAGCUGUGCAGGGGGUGAAAUAAUAUACAAAUUUACUGUGCCCACCCCGUCCCUUGUGUGUGAUCGUUUAUCGACUAAAGGCGCUCGUCGCGGCGCUCUUGAGCGGUUUAAGAACCUGCGCGCGCUCGAAAGUGAGAUUGACGAAGAUUUGUUAUUCGUUCGUAUCAUCAUAACAUCGGGUGGAUGAAAGUGUUGACGUUAGCGGAAAAUCAUCACGCUCCCACCCACGACGAUAUUGUUAAGCACACAGUAAACAAAUCGGUUUCAAAUGGUGCUGAGCAUUUUUGCUGAAGUAUCGCAACAAACAAACAAAAAGAAACGCGCAUAAAAAGAAACCUCCAUUAACUAGACGACACGAGAAGCACGUGCGAACGAGAGCGAACACUUUGACGUCAACUGCUGCAAUGCGCCAUAGGCAAUCAAUGUGAAGUCGGCGUAAAAUUUACAUUUGAAAGGUAAAUUAUGGAAUAAAUGUUUUACAGUUUGAAGUGUGUGGGGAGAACAAAAAAGCAACAAAAAAGAUGUUCUAGCGCUUCCUUCGAGCCGGAUUUGAACCAGCGACCUAUGGAUUUCUCUCUAUCGUGUGUGUGUGUUCACUCUCUACAGUCCACCGCUCUACCAACUGAGCUAUCGAAGGUGAUGAGAGAGGAGGCGCUUAUCAACGUACCGGUCGUUUGUGUCUUUGUUUUUCUAUCUCUUUUGUCAUUGCUAUGAUUAAGAGUUUUUAUUUCUGCAAUCUAAAAUCACAGUAAUUAACUUUUUCUCUGCUAAAUGCUUUAGAUGGUGUAACGGUUGAUUUGUAGAAAAAAAAUUAAUAUUAUUUGCCAUUACUUUUUAUUGCUACGAUGUUAAGAUUAAAAAGGAUCAAGUAAUACAUAAAAUCGGUGCUUUUUAUCUUUGGAGCGAGAAACCCGCUUUAAACCCUUUCUCACCUACCACCCGCACAACAAAUCGUAUAAGAAAAAAAGUGGCGAUUACGACAAUACCAUUGUAUGCUUAUUGGAUUCUUAUCAAAUCAGCUCUAUAUCUCGUUUGCAAUCGUAUCGGACCGUCGGCCGCUGUUGUCGGGGGUCAAACUCUCAAGUGGAUACUUGACGGGUGCUUGAUGGCAAGGAAUUGCAUGAUGUUGCAUUAUUCCAGAAUAAUUGUCCACCCCCCCUCAAAAAAGCACCAAAAAUGUUACAGAAUGCCAACGACAGUUGCAUUUCGAACUCAACAACAACCCCCUCCCCGUAAUCGUCAUCACAACGACAUUGCUCCGUUGCAACCGUAAAGGGAAUAAGGGAGAAGCUUAUCACGAUUGAGGGUUCACCUGCUGUGCACACUACUAUCAAUUUUCGGCUCCCUCCUCCCUUCCCCCAUACAAUUGCGAACGGCGGGACGCACAGUGUGCUUUUGCCGUCCUUCUGAUAACGCAACUGUGUGCGUCUGUCGGUCGCCGCCACAAACCGAAACGGCCACCGAAAGCCUUCGGCCAUACUGCACGGGAAGAAUAGAAGAGGCGGGACAGUACAGCCGGGUACACCGAUCAGAGUAAACGUUGCUAGCGUGUGUAGUUGUUAGUAACCACCACACAUCCAGAGCCUACUGCUGCUACUCGGCUCGCGUGUGCUGACUCGUCGAAGAGGUGCGUGUGCAGUCACAUUCUAACCUUACGCCCGUGCUGAACUCCAGGGGAGACCAGUGCGCGCUCCACUGUGAACUCCCUAGUGUGUAGUGUAUUCUUUUCUUGUUGUUUUAGAUGUAUUAAGGGCGAGUCGUAGUGGUAAAACAUCCCCCGGUACCGGUUCUAGACGCGCUCACCAAAACCUAAGAUGGGUAAAAUCGAAUGGGCCCCACUGAAUGUGCCGAUGAGGCGACGGAUCGAAACCCUGUCCACUGCCCUGUGGAUGUGGCUGAUACUGUUCGGCGAGCUGGGCAUGCUAAUAUCGUACUUCCUGCUGCUGAUCUAUGGCAACUUGUUUAUUAAAUCGCUGUGCGUCAUCUACGGAUACUUCAUCUACACUGAUCGAAAAGUGACUUUGAACGGGGGUCGAGGACAGGGUGUAACAUGGUGGCGAGAGCUGUUCUGGUGGAAGCUCUAUCAGAGCUACUUCCCGGCGAAGCUGCACAAAACGGUUGAUCUCGACCCUAACCGGAACUACCUGUUUGCCGCCUUCCCGCACGGCGUGCUUGGCCUCGGUGCCUUCAUCAACUUUGCCACCAAUGCGACCGGCUUUCACGACAAGUUUCCCAAAAUCCGUUCCCGCCCGGUGACGCUAAACUUCCACUUUGUGAUACCGUUCUUCCGCGAGCUGCUGCUCAGCUGGGGCCUCGUGUCGGCCAACCCGAACAGCAUCCUGAGCCUGCUGAAGGCGCCGAACAAACCGGACCACCCGCUGAACGACGACGGCUACACGGCCAACGCGGUCGUGAUAGUGGUGGGCGGUGCGGCCGAAUCGCUGCACUGCCGGCCGAACAACUACACGCUGGUGCUGCGCAAGCGGAAGGGCUUCUGCAAGCUGGCGAUCAAGGCGGGCACCCCGCUCGUGCCGGUGAUGACGUUCGGCGAGGUCGACCUGUUCGAUCAGCCGCCGAAUCCGCCCGGCUCGCGGUUGCGCCGGUUCCAGGAGUUUGUGAAAAACACGACCGGCAUCGCGCCGGCCGCCUUCGUCGGGCGGGGCUUCUUCCAGUACAGCUACGGGUUGAUCCCGCGCCGGAAGCCACUGAACACAGUCGUCGGUGCCCCGGUGGAAGUGACGCAAAUAGACAACCCGACGCAGGAACAGGUGGAUGAGGUGCACGAGCGGUUCUGCCGCGCGCUGGACAAUCUGUUCGAAACGAACAAAUCGCGCUUCAUUGCCGACUACAAGAAUGUGAAGCUUGUUAUGGAAUAGAAAAAUGCUGAUCCCCGUACUUCCCGCCAUCGUUACACACAAACGAUCGGUGUAUAGCGGUGGGAAAACGGGGCAAAAUCACGCACAAGAGACACAGAAACACACUAUCAUCACGAUAUCCUACGCAACCAGUGGGAAUUGUGUUAUAAUUCGCAUCGAAAGGAUUGAGACUGUACCAAAAAAAAAACGAACGAUCAAAACCAACUCUUUUCAUACCUAAGAUCCAACCAUUGUGCGGUGCCAACAGGUGAUAUUGUUAUACAGCUCUGCGAGAGGGAGUCAAUUACUAGCUGCGUAAGAGAGGACACACUACAUUGGGAGUGUUUAGCAUUUAAAUUCUCGUGUAAGUGUAAUUGUGUAACAUUUUUUCUGGGUGUUUUGUUACUUAUUUUUUGUUAUUUUUUUUUUGGGUGUUUAGUUAGGUAAAUUUUGAAGGUUCUUUUGUAAUUUUCUUUUUCCGGUGUCUGUACAAACUUGCGUUGUUACACAACAACAAAUAUGGGACAAAAGUAUUCUCGUUAUUAUUUUUUUUCUCUUGCCAUCCCAAUUGUACAAUUAAUCUAGUUGCAUGCGACUAUAAACAUAAAAAACAGGUGUAGAAGAAAACACGUUGUUUUUUGUAGAAAUAAACCAAACACACAAAGCAAAUAAAUAUUAAACUCGUUAAAACAUCGCAAACGUUAA